CAAGACCCACGGAUCGGUCAGCAAACAAUCGCCAGUGAAACCAUCCACCAGUAACAUGAAAGUACUCAACGUCUGCCUCCUGGUCGUGGCCUCCGCCAGCUUCCUCCUGGCCACAGCCAACGCCAAUGCCGUAGGUGCCUUCGAGGACUUCGAGGCCUACACCGAUGCCGAGCUUGAGGAUCUCUACGCCGCCGAGUUGAUGGCAAUGGAGGAUGAGUUCAUGGGCGUCGAGCAGUUCGGCUUCAUUGGAUCGUGCCGCAAGAUUCUGUUGGCCGGAUACAAGGGCAUCAACGGCACCAAGUGCAUCGUCGAGGAAGUGGCCAAUGUGCUGCUCACCUGUACCAACUACGUGGACGACUUGACCACCUGCACCGGCAAUAUUCCAAAGGAUGUCCAGGCCAUGCUGAACAAUGCCAAGCAAAUGAUCGUCACCAGCAACAAGAUCAUCAACAUGAAGUCCGAGCUGUGCGGCUCCACCUCCAGGGGCGUCGUCUCCUCCACCAAGAGCGUCAUGCGUUGCACCCUGAAGGCCUUCUGCGCCACCAUGUCUCUUGUCCGCCGCAUGAACACGAUGAUCAAGCAGGGCGCCGCCCUGCCCUUCAACACCUCCUCCUGCUACGUCAAUGCUACCAAGAAAGUAGUCGACGGCUGCAACGCCUUCGUGCCCAACAUCAAUACCUGCAUCGCCAGCAUGACAUAAGCGCUUCCAAAAAAUGGUAAUAAAACCAUGAAAUUAUAAGCAAA